AGAAAGAAACAAAAUCGAAGAGACAAAGGUAUGAACAAAACAAAACAAACUCCUUCUCUCUCACGAUCACAACAAUAACAACAACUUGUGCUCAAUUGCUCUUAGGAUACUGUUUAAUCAUAUACUUUUUAUCCCUGACCCAGACAUACAUUUCCAAGGGAUGAACAAUAAUUUGUCUUUGGGAAGAUGCAUGGAUUCUCCACUGUUGAUGGUUUUGUGGAGAUAAGUGAGUGUUUGGCAGAGAUGAUUAAAUACGUGGCAAAUGAACCUUCUGCUGGUCUUUUCUUCAUCCAACAGCAUACUCAAAAUGCAGUGCCCAAUGUCAUCAAGCUUAAGAACAAUGUUGUUAAGAAGUCUCAUGAAACAACUUUGCACACAGAAGAUUUGCAGGACUCUGUCACAAUGGUGAAAUCAAUGAAAGAGUAUGGAUUCCCAAUAGUUGAUGAGAUGAUUGGAGACAUUAAAAAAACUCUGGCUGCUAUAACAUCAAAGCAACCAAAAGGAGGGAUACUCCGUCGUUCAGUAUCAAAUUUUCAGACAGAGAGAACGAGUUUUUGGAGUAAUUCGGCAGUUGAUCUCCAGGAGGGAAGUGAAAAAAGAGGAAGCUAUUUUUCAAGUGUUUUUAAGUUUUCAAAACAGAAGGAAGACAGUCUCAAGUUGUCACAACUUGAUUCUACAGGAUCAAUAGAUCCCAAGACUGAGAAGCCAGAGCUGUACCCUGAUGUGCCUUUGCCUGUGACUAAUGCAAGCAAUUGUACAUCUUCGAAAGCUGAUGAGUUGCCACUGCCAAGCCAGAUUGAAGAUGAAUCUCAAUCAGAACAGAGUGAUACUAUUGAUAUUGAGAAUAAGUUAUUGUCAGUGACAGAAAAAUAUGAUGACUUUAAAGCCAGUAAACAAGCUAAGCUGGAGGAGUGGCUGGGCAAGUCAUGAGUAUAGGCCUUAGCUAGGCUAUUCUUUGGAUAUCAUACAAUGAUUCAGCCUGUAUAUAAUUCUGUAUGGUUAAUUCUAAAUUGUGAUUUUGCAAUCCAAAGAAACAUGUUACUAUUGCCCAAAAUUUCACGUGUUCAAACGUGUGUUUCGGGCAAUUUUUUUUUUUUGAACAAGGUGUUUCGGGCAAUUUGUUUCUUUCAAUGUUUGAGAAUUUGAAAAUUGGCUAUUGUAGGAGUAAAAAUCCAAUCAUUGUUAACUUCAAAUAGUUCUAUAAUGUUUAAAUAUGUCAUAAAUCAUGGAGUUUA